GGUACUACCUGAUGCGAACGAUGAGCUUCAAUUCGUUAUUUGCCGUGCAUGCCGUACAUAAUUUAUUUCAUACGGGAACUGUGUGGGACACGUAAAAAAAAUCGAUCCGGUUACCGGGUCUACUAGUGGACCCGAUAGAAUUUUGUUUACCACAUUUAUUAGUAUUUUAUUUGAAUUUUAUCAAAUAUAUCUAAUAAAUCAUGUUAACUGGUGGCUUCUAAUAAAUUUUAUUUACUGAUAAAAAAACUCUUGGUAUGGUUCGGUCGAUCAGGUCGCCAGAUUCCAUGCAGUGGUGGCAGUGUCUGCUGGACACCGAAUAGGGGGUUAUUUUUAUUUUUUAUUUUUGUGGGAGAGGAACAGGGGAGAUGUUAAAGAUAUAUUAAAUAAAAAUUAUAUGAUAUUUCUGAAAACUAAACUAAAUAAGAUUAUACAAAAAAUUACGAAAAUCCUACUUUUUGAAUAGGCCUGAAACAUUUUUGCAGGUUUAUCGACAAAAUAUGUCGACUAUUGUUUAGUAAUUAAAUAUUGUAUAAGCCUCCCAAGAAAAGGUGGUUUGAAAAGUCCCAACAAAAUCCGAAUCUUUUUAUGCUCAUCGUAAUAAAUAUUAGCUAGUUCACACAAAAGCCAGCUUAUACUCCUAGAUCAGAAAAAUAUGACACUUUGAAAAUUCACAUGAUCAGAAUGUUAAUUUGACUAUAGCUUUUAUAUAAGUACCAUCUAUAGAAUUAUUAAAAAUUUAUGGACUGUCUAUUUGUUGUAAGUCAAAGUCAGGGAAUAUUAGUACUAUCCGAGUACUUUUGAAUCUCUUUUCUGUUUAAAAUAUUUAAAAUUCCUAGCCGUCUGAUCUACUCACCAGCCGUUGGAUCAGCCAAACCUAACACCCCACUCCAUCCCUCGCUCUCUAUCGUUGCCGCUGCCGCCGCCCACCUCCCCGCGCCCGGCCGCACCCCCGCCGCUUCUCCCCCGUCGAGGUCAGGCUCCGGUGAUCUCGAAAACCCUAACCCUGUGACUCUGUACCCUAACCGUCGCCGGAGCACGCGUCCGGAGGCUCCCAGAACCCUACGCGGAGGGAGCUCACCAAGGGAGAGAGAUGAGGGAGGUGGUGACGGUGCAGGUCGGCGGCUUCGCGAACUUCGUCGGCGCUCACUUCUGGAACUUCCAGGAUGAGCUGCUCGGCCUCGCCGACGACGCCGGCGCCGACCCGGUGUUCAGGGCAGCCGCGCUCGACACGGACGUGCUGUACCGCGCCGGCGAGACGCACCAGGGCGUUGCCACCUACUGCCCCCGCUUGGUAUCUGUUGGCGCUCGAGGGUCUCUUGGCUCGUUAAGUUCCUCCGGUACUCUGGGUCCGAGUAGUGCUGCUGCAGAUCAGCUCAACGUGGUCUCAUGGUCUGGAAAUGUGACAAGAUCAGUCGAAAAACGUCAUGAGCGGAACUUGUUUCUGCAAAGCUUAUCUGAAGAAGGGCAGAACCCAAGCACUAGCAAUGGUCAGAACAAGUCCCAGGAAAGUGUUGAAGAUAAGGACCUGGUCGAAAGCCUAGAGAAUGGAGUCAAGUUUUGGACUGAUUAUUCAAAAGUUCAGUAUCAUCCUCAGAGCUUGUAUGAGUUGCAUGGGUCAUGGACAGACUUUGACAAGUUUGAUAACUAUGGGACUGCAAGGGAGGUGGUUUCAGAAUGGUCUCAAAUGGAAGAGAUGAAUGAGAGGCUCAGAUUCUUUGUUGAAGAAUGUGACCAUAUUCAGGGCAUCCAGUUUGUUGUGGAUGAUUCAGGAGGUUUUUCCAGUGUAGCUGCACAGUAUUUGGAGAGCAUCGCUGAUGAUUACACAAAUACACCUGUAUUGCUGUAUUGUGUGAGGGAUCCAGUCUCCCAUGUAUCUCGCAGGAAUCAACACGAAUCCAUUAUAAGAUCUUUGCAUGAUGCUGUAUCAUUUUCAAAACUUUCAUCCUUUUGCAAUCUGAUGGUACCAAUAGGGCUGCCUUCUCUAAGUUACUUUUCGCCUUUGCUUUCUAUACAAGAUGAGAAGUGCUUCCACUCUAGUGCCGUUUGUGCUGCAGCAAUACAUUCAGUAACUGUUCCAUUUAGACUACAACAUGUAGGCCCAGCUUCAGACUUGGUACAUUCAUCUGGCAACCUUGAUAUUGGUGAGCUUGUGCACAUGAUAUCUGAUCAGGGUAGGCAGAACAUGGUUACCGCUCUGGAUUUAGCGAUGCCUGCACCUUCUUUGACAGAUAGAAAUGAUCUGCAGAACAUACAAAGGAGCUUGCACUCUUUGACCCCUGAAAUCGGUGAUGAAGAUGAAGAUCCUUAUGCUGUUGAAUCAUUGGUGGUCCAUGGAACUCUGGAUGCAGGUGGGCAUAGGGUUUCCAUAUCACAAGUGGACUCUGUCUGUUCAUCUUUUGAAGGCAGGAUGACAAAACCAAAGUUCUCUCAUCUCUCAGUAUCACAAUGCCCCCUCCCAAUCCCACUCCCAUUCCCAUCCAUCUUCGGGGGCAGUAUAGGCCGGCAUGGUGAGAUCCUCAGCAACCACUCAGAAGGAACCCGGCCAAAGGGUUCACUCGACGUCGUCUCAGUACCGAUGGCGGCACGCCUAAGAUCGAGCAACGUCAUAUUGCCUUUCAUAGAGAGGCGAUCGGCGAGCCUUCAAAGGCUUGGUGCGGCCAGAGGCGCGCUGGGGGCUCAGAUCCUCCGGGACUGGGGCUUUGAGAAGGAGGAGGUCGAAGACAUGAGAGAGCAUCUGGUGAAGAUGCUGCGCCCGUUUUAUCCUGAAAUGGAUCUAACGUCAGAUUCCGAUUAGAUGGACCAUUUUUGUGAGCAUAUCACGGAGAUCGGCUCAGUUUGGGUCUGUGGAAACUGUGAUGUAGCUGCCAUGCGAUGUUGUGUUGUGACGAAUUCCUGUGAUCUGUGUACAAUGGAUGAGCAAUUCAUGUAGUUCUGAAAUAUGUUCAUGUAUAUGUUGAGAAAACUGGAGGCGAGAUCGGGUUGUCACACUGGCACUGUGUCGGCACUCUGAUGCACGUGCAUCUGGGCACGGCGGAUGUGCGCCACGUGCAGCUGUUGUAACAUUCUGAUGUUUCAGUUCAGACGCAAAACUCCAUAUCUGUGCCGUA